UCCAGGGUCUAGUUUCACCAGUACUGUAGGGGAACUAUGAAGCUCCCCUUUCUCAUUUUAUCUGGUUUAGUUCUUCUUAUAACAGCUAACGACGACUUUAAUUGUAAAGAUGUCUGCGGGCUGUACUCUGCUGGUGAUGAAACUAUGGAGAAUGUCCAGGCUGAAUGUAAGGCUUUUGAUGACAAUACUGAUUGUAAAGAAAAGAAUCUCCGAAUAGCUAAACUCAAGAUAAAAACCAAAAAGAAAGGUGGAACCAGAAUAGUGGGAGGGGAUGUUAUAAAAGACCCUCUCCCCUGGAUGAUAGUUAUGAUGUUCAACAUGAGAUCCCAGUGUGGUGGUUCACUCAUAAACUCCAGGUUUAUAUUGACAGCUGCUCACUGUACAUGUGCUGGAGAUGCAGAAGUUUACUGUACUAGGACAAUUGGAGAAGUUAAGGAUGGUGUUCCUAUAGAAAUCAAGGAUCAAAAAGUUGCAAGUGAGAAGACACUGAUUUUUAUUGGUGCUACAGCGGCCAACAAGAAAACGAAUUCUCCAUGGACUGUCAGCGAACUAACGGGAGAUGACAAAGAUGUUAAGAGCUUGACGUACAAGGCUGACCAGAUGUGGAUCCAUCCUGAUCUGUCAACUUCGGAGGAUAAGGCCAUGACUCCAGAUAUUCUAGUUCUUAGGUUAGAAAAAGCAGUUGAAUCUUUCUCUGACACCAUCCGACCAGUGUGCCUGGCAGUUCCAGAUUUUAUAGAUUACCCUCCUUGCACUGAUAAUUCAAUGGUAAGAUAUUUUACA